UAUCUCACCAAACAGCACUGACAAAAUAGAGGUUACUGCAGAGGACAGGAAGAAGGGCAAUGAUGACAUCUCCAGUGAUCAACCCAAAAUUGCAACAGAGGAGUCUGUAUUUGAGGAACUCACAGCUCCUGUCAAACCCAUCCUACAGGAGACCUGGGUGGAUCUUGAUGACUUUCCUAAAUGCUUUCAGACUCUUUUGGUGUUUCAUAAACUGCAGAUGUACUCACAUCAUAUGCAUCAAUCUCAAUUUAAGAGUACCGUUUUGUCCAAAACUGCAACUGCUAGCAACUACACUGGAUUGUCUACGCAUUCUCAGUCGACUGGAAAUAUCCCUGUGACAUCUGCUGUAGCAAGCCCUGAAUGUCCAGAGGUGAGAGGCACUCACUACCUCUGCGUGGACAGUCUGCAACCUUCCCAGAUCCUCAUCAGCUUCUCUGUUCUGCUGCUCUGGGGGGAUACAGCUGAGAAGAAAAAGCAAAUGUCAUCUGCGCAUAGUUCUGCAGUUCUCAUUGCCCAGCCACACUCUUGGAAGAGUCUGCAAACUCAAAUGCCUGUUCUCACCAUCAAGACUACUUUCUCCAAGGCAGCCAUGCUUAACUUACCUCCAGGGCGCCAUGUGUUGUGCUUCCAUGCAAAGGCAGCACUGGGCUACCACAUCCAUCUGUGCAGUGAGACACCUUUCAUGUUCGGGGAUGAAGAAACCAUAAUGUCGCAACUUACCAAGGAAAGUGCUCGUUUCACUGAGCAAGCCUCGUCCAUGUUGAAGGCCCUAUCCAGAAUGGUGACUUCCUUUAGUGAGGAGCAGGACCAGCUAGCAGCUAGAAGAGCCCUGGAAGAGGCUCAUUGUCCCCGAGACAUCAACACCUCCCUGGUGAUGUUGGAACACCACAAGGUGUUUAACUCUGCAGUUUACCACAUGCUGUGUGAGGCUCUAGGCAGGAAGCUGACAGCAGAGGAGCGAUUUGCUGUAUUGGUCCUCACUGCUGACCCUUCACUCUUGAGCACUACCCAUAAUGAAGACACCCCUACAUUUGCCGAGUCAAAGCCUCCAGAAAACUGGAGGGGCAGGCAGCCGACAGAUGAGGAGGUCAAGGCAGUCACCAUUCUGCAGGCUGGAUUCAAAGGACAUUUGGUACGAGAGAUUCUUAAUGCCUCAAAACCUGGCUUGAAGGAGAACAUCACCGCAUCUAAGAUCCUUUUAGACAUGUGGCCGAAGGUUGAAUCAGAUGCAGACAAGCAUGCUGUCUUCUUGCUACGGUAUAUCAUUGACCAUUCCAAGAGGAACACUGAGCUUUAUCCCUGUCAGCAGGAUGAGUGGACCAGAAUCACCUUUGCUGAUUAUACUGUCUCUCUUCAAGACACAGCCAACUCCUGGGUCUUGGUCUUUAGGGAAGUGUUCCUGGUCCCUAAGGAGAUGAUGGUGAUAGCAAAGGUCUACUCCCCAUUCCCCAACUGUCUACUGCACGUCAUAGAUAAUGAUACAGGAAAGGAGCUGGACCUGGUCUUCAACAAGCUGGUAGCCCAUAUCUAUCAACCCAACAAGCUUGGUUAUACCUUUGUAGUAGAGGCGGUCACACCUGAAUCACCUCCUGUUGGUGCCAAGUGGAGGAUGCGCUUAAUUGGCUCUAGAGAACCCCUUCCAGAACUGUCCCGUGAAACUCCACUCAACAUGUUCUUGGUGAAGGAAUUCCGGGAUUACUACAUUCCUAAUGACAAAAACCUCAUAUGUCGUUACUCUGUGCAGGUAAUGGCAGAUGUCCUAGGAACAGUUCAGUUUCAGACUUCCAAACUGGAUGUAUUAAUCCGCCUGUCCAUUCUGGACCAGGAGAAGGAGGUGGCUGGCAACACUGCCAAGGGCCAUGUGAUAAUUCCUGUGUUCUGCUUCCUGGCCAACAAAGCCCCCAGUUGCACAGAUGGGAAGAACCACAACCCGAAGGACUGCCUCACCCAGGACAAGAGAGUCAAGGUGGUAGACACUUUGCAACAAAGAGAUGGGAAGGACAACACAGCUGGGAAAUCAGACUUCUCAUCUGACCAUUACCAGCCUCCCACAGAGACUAUGGGUCAUAAGUAUGUGGUGCAGGCAGAGGUGCUUUGUAAGAGCUGGGAUUUGGACGAAUCCGAGAUGGCUUUUGUUUAUAUUCUCAGAGACUUGGAGAAGAAGGAAAAAAGAGUAUACAAGAUUGAGGACUUGAAGUCUUCAUCUACCACUGACAAACUGAGCCAUGAUGGGCCCAAGUCUGGCACACCCAAAACCAACCGCAAAGGCGAAACUGACAAGGAAAAAGGGAAGCCAGCCGCCGUCUCCAAGGCUGGCUUUGGGCAGGAAGCGAGCUUUGAUCUGAGUAAGCCACACUGGAUUCUGCACGUGGCCAGUGACAAGAGCAAAGCAGGGAGCAUGGAAGUGAAGAAGGACACUGAGAGAAUGGACCAGAUUAAAGCCAUUAAAAAAGCUUGGGAAAUGGCUGAGCCAGGCCGUGGUGCAAAGGCUUUACAGUGUCGUCUCCAGUUUCUUAACCAAGUACAUCAAACACACAAUGAAGCUGCUACAGAUGAUGCAGAAAGCAGAGAAUCUGCUGCUCAUAGAUCUGGUCAUGAUACCUCUCUCAGUCCAUCCAGGCAAAGGUUGAUUGACACCCCCUGUCCUCACAUGGACUACACUCCCUUUAUCAGACGCCAAAGGGAUUUUUCAGUGCUGAUGGACUCCCAAAUAGAGGAGACCCGUGAGAGGGAGCGUUUAGAAAAAAUACAGACCUACCGUUUGGUGCGGGACAAUGAUCUGGAGCACCGGAAACAACAGGAGCUGAAUAGGAAGGAGCUAAUGAGACAUCAGCUGAAGAUGUCUGAGAACAUGCAGGCAGCCCUGAAGCAGCAGCAUAAGAAAUUCAUCAAUGCUUGUGAGGCAUUUAAUAGCCGUCAGAUGGCGACCAUAAAGAAGGAACAAGAAGAGACACCAGCUCUGGAGGAGGCCCAGCAGUCAGUUCUGGAAAAAAGAGCCCCAACCUCUGCUGCCACCCAGAAGCCCAAAAAACAUGCAAAUACUUCUGGCAAGAAGAAAUGAUGGUCACUCGUGCGAACCUGCAGUCUGUUGAACAAUAAAAGAUCUACAUUUUAUCUCAACAUUGUAACAACACAUGACUAAAAGUGUGUUGCUACACUUGAAUCAGAGCUAUUUUUAUAACACACAACUAUAUCCUUCAUCUUUUGUCUAUAAUCUAUGUUACCGUCAUACAAAGGUACUGUAGACACUCAUUUGUUUAGGUGUGUGAAUGUCUGCAGCCAGUGUUUUGUUCUGUCCACAUACUUACUGUCUGUAUGUGUACAUUGCUCAGUGUUUUAUCUGCUCAUAAAAGUUUGCAGCUGUGUGUA